AGUUAUUAUUCGUUAUGAGCAGAACCGACAAGUAGUAACGUUAGGACUUUUUAUUUAAACGUUUCGUGUUUCGGCUUCCAGCAACGCUGGUUGUCGCUGCCUUGUUUCUGCAGUAACCUACCCUUCUUGGCACGGUUAACCUAGCUAGCUAGCUAGCAAGCUCGUCCACGUAGCUAGCCUAUUUUAGUGCGAAAUUCGAAUGUCGCGUUGUUCGCUUUUAAAUUAACCGUGGCUGAUUACACAGUCUUAAUAGUUAGUUAAACGUUAUAUUCAGUCCUAAUUGUUUUAUACAGCUUUGAUAGUCCCACUCUUAUUUUGCUAACCAGGCCUGCACCUGCCUGUAAAUACAGCUAGCUACGUUUAUUGAUUAGUAGCCUGCCAGUAUCUAACGCUAGCUCUGUAGCUAGCUAGCAAGCUGGGCGGUAUUAGUUUCAUCAGUAAGUGUGGUUUAGUCGGCUUAAACUGUUACAUUGCAUAAGAAUCACUUUCGAACGGGUUUAACCCAUGGGGACAUGUUAAACAGUCAUCGCCCUAACUAGCCUGUCGGGUUUGGUGGUCGUAGCUAGCUAGUUAGUUACAUUGUUCGGUAGUGUUUGUCGCUAAUUAGCCAGCUAGCUAGCUAAGUUACGUCGUUAACAAAACGAGAUGGGUAACGUUAGAUUUGCGCCUGUCGACAACAUGACGGUGCGAAAUCGAAAGUAUCCCGUUUAAAAGGCCACUUGAAAAAUUCAGCGUGAGAGCGUGAACAGGCAACCUUCGCCGUUGCGUAGCUCCUCAAAAACUCUGGAACGCCGACGCUCGCUAAUGCUUUGCGAGUCCGCAAGGAUUAGCGAUUGUGGCUAACUGAGCUUGCGAGUUAGCUGGGUUACCUUAGCUCUUUAGACAUGAUGCUGGAACCUAGGUAGCUUAACGGCUUAAAAAGAAACAUACUUAUAGUGAUUUAUUUGUAGCUUACCAGCACUAAAUGUCUGUGUGACUGGCAAAGACCAUUUGUUGUUUCAUUUGUGGUUGUUUAUGUGCGCUAACACUACGCUAACGUUAGCUACUAGCUAAUCUCCGGCCUGUUGGUCAAGGCACAUUCUGGUGUGUUGCCAGCUGUCUGCUUUCCGCCUCAUGAUCUGUGAGUUUGUUUUGAGAUGGAAAAACUAUUAGGCACGGCCUUGUUUCGAUGGCAGGAUAAUAGAUUUUACCCACUGACAGCUGUACCAGGCUUUAAGAGGGGGAGGAGAUGAGCCGCUGUCGGGAACUUUCGAACAGCCAAAUGCUGAACUUGCACUUGAUUUUUCUGAAAGGCGGAAAGAGGAGGAAAGUUGACAUCAAUUGUCCAAGGCCGAGACCCAAAUUCAAAAAUCCAACUCGGCGGCAUGAAAGUGGAAAAAAAAAAUGGUUGAAAUAUCUUCAAAGCAUCAGCAUUGAAAAUUAGGAGAGACACAAGUGGACACAGAAAAUAAAACUAAAAUGACUAACCGUCUGGCUGCUUAGCCUCUCUUCGGUUUGAGACUAUACUUUUGCAAAGGUGGCAACCUUUUUUGUGGAGGAAUCGUUCCGGUGAAUUUCUUGCUUGCAGAAGCUGUGAUUAAUUGCUUGAGUGACAGACAUUUAUGUUGAGAUGUUCCACAAAAGACUGAUAUUGAGGAACAAGUUGUGAAAAAUAAUUGCUUGAACUAUUGUGCUUUGGACUCAAAAAAGCUGUGGUAAGGACAUCUGCAAUUCUUGCAAGCUUGUUGGACGAAGGGGUAUUUCUCCCAGUGUUUUCACUUUUUUUCUUGGCAAAAAAAAAAUUAAACAGACAUGAGUACAGCCAGAACAGAGAACCCAGUGAUUCUGGGACUGUCAAAUCAAAAUGGCCAAAUGAGAGGCUCUGUCAAGCCAACAGGAGGACCUCAAACAACACAGCCCACCCAGAUUAAAGCUUCCAGCACAAUCAACAAUGGCAACUCCCAGCCUGUACCCACAGCAAACACCGUCAUUAAACCUGGGGAUGACUGGAAGAAGAACUUAAAACUUCCUCCAAAGGAUAUGCGAAUGAAAACCUCUGAUGUGACUGCUACCAAGGGGAAUGAAUUUGAAGAUUACUGCCUGAAACGGGAGUUGCUGAUGGGCAUCUUUGAAAUGGGCUGGGAGAAACCGUCACCUAUCCAGGAGGAGAGCAUUCCAAUUGCUUUGUCUGGGAGGGACAUUCUGGCUAGAGCCAAGAACGGCACAGGAAAGAGUGGCGCCUACCUCAUUCCCUUACUUGAACGCAUUGACCUGAAGAAGGACUGCAUACAAGCAUUGGUCAUUGUGCCCACCAGAGAACUGGCUCUGCAGGUGAGCCAAAUCUGCAUACAGGUCAGCAAACACAUGGGCGGGGUUAAGGUCAUGGCAACCACAGGUGGAACAAACCUCCGUGAUGACAUCAUGAGGCUUGAUGAGACAGUGCAUGUUGUUAUUGCGACUCCUGGAAGAAUCUUAGAUCUUAUCAAAAAAGGAGUUGCUAAAGUUGGACAAGUGCAAAUGAUCGUGUUGGACGAGGCAGAUAAGCUCCUGUCGCAGGACUUUGUGCAGAUGAUGGAGGAAAUUCUGAGCUUCUUGCCCAAACAAAGGCAAAUUCUGCUGUACUCUGCAACCUUCCCUCUAAGUGUACAGAAGUUCAUGAACGCUCAUUUGCAGAAGCCUUAUGAGAUUAAUCUUAUGGAGGAGCUGACCCUGAAGGGCGUGACCCAGUAUUACGCCUAUGUUACUGAAAGGCAGAAAGUCCAUUGCCUUAAUACUCUUUUCUCUAGGCUCCAGAUCAAUCAGUCUAUAAUCUUCUGCAACUCGUCUCAGCGAGUAGAGCUCCUGGCCAAGAAGAUAUCCCAGCUUGGUUAUUCCUGUUUCUACAUUCAUGCCAAGAUGAGACAGGAACACAGGAACCGUGUGUUCCAUGAUUUCAGAAAUGGCUUGUGCAGAAAUCUUGUCUGCACAGAUCUUUUCACAAGAGGAAUUGACAUUCAGGCUGUGAAUGUGGUGAUCAACUUUGAUUUCCCCAAACUCGGGGAGACGUACCUCCAUCGUAUUGGCAGAUCUGGUCGUUUUGGACACUUGGGUCUGGCCAUUAAUCUGAUCACCUAUGAUGACCGCUUUAACCUGAAGGGCAUUGAGGAGCAGCUGGGUACUGAGAUCAAGCCCAUUCCUAGCAGCAUUGACAAGAGCUUGUAUGUGGCGGAGUAUCACAGUGAGAGCAGUGAGGAGGUCAAACUGUGAGCAGAUGAGAACACCAAUCACAUACGUCCCCUGCUUUCCACUCCCACGCUUCCUUAAUGUCCCCAUCUUCCUGUCUUGACUUUCCUUUUUCUUUUCUUUUUUUUUCCCUUGUCUUCUUGGUCAUUUUUCAGUUCUCUUCAGUCUGUCUUCCUCCUA